AUGGCUGCGCACCCCCCUCUGCCCCGCAACCUCCGCUGGAGCUUGGUGGCCUUCAGCAGCUCCCUCUUCACCAACAACAAGACGCGGGACAGCGGCGCUGCCCACACCUACCACCCAGCCCACGAGCUGCUGGCCAGCCUGCCCCUCCAGAUGAUGCUCUACUUCAACGUCUACUACUUCCCAGUCUGGUGCCUGGCUGAGGGGAUGAUGCUGCAGCUGAAGUACCACCUGCUGCCUCAGUACUACCAGUUCCUGCUGGUCGCUGCCUUCCUCAUCCUCUCGCUGGCUGAGGGCACCCGCCUCUACCUGGGCUACGUGGGGAACCUGCAGGAGAAGGUGCCCGAGCUGGCCGGGUUCCUCCUCCUCUCCUUCCCGAUCCAGCCUUUUUUCCUGCUGACGGACAGCCACAUCAUCCGCCUGCCACUGGAGAUGGCCGUGCACAGCCUUUUCCUGGCCUUCCUCAUCGCCGAGAUUGCAGCUGCCUUCCUUGCGCUGAAGACCAUGACCAAGCAGCUAGCGGCACAAUUCUACCUGCAGCAGUUCAAGGAGGGCAGCAGGGGACAGCCAGGGCAGGGGGACAUGGUGGGGCAGGCAGCUGGGGAGGGGUGA